AUGUCCGGGACGCUCACAAUCGCGACACUUACUCCGCCACCUGGCCCCACCGGCCUCUCGGCCGACACCUACUCUGGUCUUCAACCCCAACUGCACUCGCAGUGCUGUGCGACAUAUUCCGGGCAGUACAACAACCUCACGCUGGACCAGUUCAAUGCGACCGCUCCGCCCGGGCUCGUCCUCGCGCCGAACAUCUCGUCCGCUGUCAUCGGCCGCUGCCACCUCGACCUCGUUGGCCCGGGCCGGGGCAACUACAUGUCCUACAAGACCUGCCUGCACCCCGGUUCCAAGGCGCCCGCGGACGUGGUAAUGUGGUACGCCGAGGUCAUGAACGCUGAUGACGGAACCGUGUGGUACUUGCCCGACGCGGACGGCUGGAAGAUGGUCACCCUCGUCACGGGCCGUGGAACGAUCGCCGCGCCCACCGACACGAACAGCUACUCUGUCCAGGUCGGCGACAAGUUCAGGGCCGAAUAUGCCGACUUCUACUCGGGCCUCUACUUCAACCAGAUGUCUUCGUGCUGCGACCGACUGAACGGCACGCUCAAGUUCACCUCGGUCGAGGCGUAUAACUUGACCGCGCCGAUCGGGCUCGACCUGCCCACAGAUCUCAGCUCGAGCAACGUGGGCCACUGCCGCAUCCCCAGUGUGCGCGGGGACCAGCUCGCCAGCUGCCUCGACGAGGUACAUACCGUACCCAUGUGGUUCAUCGCCACGCAGACAGACGCUUGGGGCACCAUAUGGGUCUGGAUCAAGCCCGGUCUCACUGUCACGUCCACGCCAUGGCUCGAUCCCACCGGGCCUGUGUCGAUCACCGGUGGCGGCAUCAUCGCCACACUCACGCCCACAGCGGCCACGACGCCUACUGCCCCGGCCACCAGGUCUGCCGCAGGCUCGAGCCAUGCCAAGUUGGGGUUGAUAUCGCUUAUAGGCAUUGCAGCAGCGGCGGUUGUACUGUUCUAA